AAUUGUUAUUGAAAUUUUACGCGCUUGUAUAACGUUACUCAUAUAAAACUUGUAAAAUUCAAUAAAAUUGUGUUAUUGAAAUAUAUAUUUGCACUUGAAAAAUUUUGUUACGAUAUUUAAAUUUUGUUCCUUAAAGACCUUCUUCCCCUGUCAUUGAAAUAAAGACUAUCUAAUUUGUUAAUUAUAGGUUAGUAAAUUGUAACAUCGUGAUUUUGAUAAAGAGUAUAUUGGAACUUAAUAAACAAAAUAAAGAAAACCUUUCAAAUAAAAAUGUCCAAGAAAAAUUCACUAAAUUUUACUCCAGAAAUGUUCAAACUGAAUUCAAACUUUUAUUUGGAUCAAGGAUUUUUCGAAAAAGAGUCUCAUUUCGAAAAAUCAUCGGAAAUAUCAAAUUUUGAAGUCACAGUAUUUUUGAAUAGGCUGAUUGGAGUCUUCGAUGUUUUGAUGACCAAACUGGAAUUUGCUGCAACUUUACCCUUCAUCCUUUCACAUCCGAGAGUUCUUGAGAUUCUGAAGACACAAGAUUUAAAGCAAAUCGUAUCUGCGUUUGUUCCGUUUUCGUAUUUUCGAAAUAGUUCUGAGGAAACUUCAUUAUUACAGUCAUUGGAAGAAGGCGACUUACAAACAUCGGAAUCGUCAGUAGAAGUGAAAAGUCAAAACGACAAGGACUGCAGCUGUUCGCAUGCAUCAUUUGAAUUAUGUGGAUCUGUAAAAGAUAACGCAAGUGUUUACAGUGCCGUACACAUCCUACAUUCAUAUCCGCUGAUUCGUCAACUGGCGAAGGAAUCUCAAAAUGACAUUCCUAAAUCGACUCUAAAUUUUCUGCGACAAAUCAAGUACUUAAUGGAGUUCGUUAUUUCUAAAGUAGAACUGCUGCCUGUCGAAGAAAGAGACAGGGAAUUGCAUAUCCGUCAGGUUUGUAGCAAAAUCAAGCAAUCCAAAGAUGAAAUUUCUGAAUUGACAAAAUCGCUGGAAGAUCAAAAGCUCAGACAUAGAACCGAAGCAAACGAGCUUUCAGAUCAAGUCACCAUUCUGAUGGAAACCUGGCGAAGCAUAAACGAUGAAUUCAAUAGCCAACUCACGAAGACACUAAAAGAUUCGGAAGAUAAUUUAGCAAAGUCGCUGGCAGAGUUCAAUGAAAGAAUGGAAAAUCACCAAAGUACUUUAGAUAAGUUGAAAAUGAAAGUGGAAAAUGAAAAAGCAGAAAAUCGCAAGAAAGAACACGAAGUCCAAGGAAAAAAAUUUAAAGUUGAAUCGCAAUUAUCAUCGUUAAUAAUGAAAUUCGACACUGAAGUGAGCGAUCGACAACAAUAUUACGAGGAGUUGAUGAAAGAAUACGACGCUUUAGAAAAAGAGAGAUUACAAUUAAUGGAUGAUAUGGAUAAACAACUCAAUAUUUACGAUAAUAUUAUGGAAGAAAAAGAGGAAAAGGAGUUCGCAGCUUAUAAAGAAAAGUACACGAAUUUUGUUAACAACAGAUGCGCCAAAUUGAUACAACGCUGGUGGCGAAAUGUAUGUGCAAAGAAGAAAAAGAAGGGAAAAAAGAAGAAGAAUAAGCCCAAGAAGUGAAGAAAAUAAUUUUGUCAAUAAAAAUAUUUCAAUGAACUAAUUGCUUUAGAAUUAUUUUCUUAUUUCAAAUAAAAGAAUGCCACGAGGUUAGAAGUACAA